CUUCAGUCACAUCGACACUCUGGAUUAUUCGAGACUCGUCACAGAGGCUCCUUCCUCGGGCGACACAGCGGGGGUUAUCUGCCCGUAUAAACAAUGAAAAUGUCAGCGGAGGAGAUUUGCCAGGUUCUCAAAGAGGGAGAGCUGGAGAAGAGGAGCGACAACCUGCUCCAGUUUUGGAAGAGGAAGACGUGCGUCCUGACCACGGACAGCCUCAACAUUUACGCGGACACGCAGAAGCGCUCCAAGGGCAAAGAGCUGAAGCUGCAGUCCAUCAAGAAGGUGGACUGCGUGGAGCGCACCGGCAAGUUCGUCUACUUCACCAUCGUCACCACAGACAAUAAGGAAAUCGACUUCCGGUGCACCGGAGAGGAGAACUGCUGGAACGCGGUGAUCACGAUGGCUCUGAUUGAUUACCAGAACAGAAAGGCCAUCCAGGACUUUAAAACGCGGCAGGACAACGAGAGCGCGUCGCCCGGUCAGCAGGAGAGACGCAUGGCGAGAGCGCCCUGAGCCGCUGCUGGACUCGGUCACAUGCCAACUCCUAAUAUGGUGAGAGGGCCACCGUGACUUCGAGCUGACAUUACAUAUAUGUAUAUAUAUAUAUAUGUGUGUGUAAUAUUGAACACUGACUGAACAAGAACAGCGUGGGACAAUCCAAGGUUAAUCACUGUCUCUGCCAGUGUCAACGAGGACCAGAAAGAAAGUAAUACACGGACCGUGGACGUGGAAUCACGGUUCAGAGAUGAAGGACUGUCCCGAACUGAGCUCUCACAGAGAGGACGAAUGGACAGGCAGAUGGACGGAGAGUUUUCACACACAGGACUGAAGCCUAAAACUAUUUCAAGUUUUACUCUCUUUGUGGGAGAAGUGACUCCUUAAAAUACUACGGUGGUAAUUUAUUUGUUUCCAGGAUAUUGUGUUACUGUUACUGGCAAACAGCAUGUGUUGUUUAAAUUAUUUUCAUGUUCAAUGUGAUAAUGUGUGUCCUUGUAUUUAUAUAAUAAAUAUUCAUACCUUUUUGAAAUAACUCC